GAAACUCCUACAAAAUCAUAUGCAAUGAGGUCAGCUGCAAAAAUAACUCUGUCCAUGCGCUAAUUUUUCACUGCGUGUCUUUAGUAAAUCCUGACGGUAUUUUUUUAAAGCCAAAAGAUUGGCUCAAGACAGACUAAUUACUAAUAAAUUUAGGUAGAGUUUACAGUUAAUGUCAAGUUUAGGUUUACAGCAAGGGUUAGGGCUUCUACACCAUUCAUAUAUUAUUUCCCUCUGAUUUUAGGGAUAAGAUAUGGGUCGGAUUAGUUUUCGGGUUAGAACUAUAGUUUUGGACCGGAAUGUUGUUCCAGAAUCAACAAAAUGCUGAUUCAGGACCAUGGUUUACUUGGCAAAAUCACUGCGACCGUGCAGGAUAAGACCAGGACCCUGUAAAGAAAGCACAUCUAUUUUUCCUCCUGCAGAUCCCUCCAACACUGCCAAUGGAAAGUCAUGUUACUAUUGUAAUGGGAAGAACUGCUUGAACACAGUGAGCUGCACAGGGAGUGAAGACCGCUGCAUUAAAGCAACAGGGAAUUUUGGAAGCCAGUCAUUGGUUGUAAAAGGCUGUGUCUCUAAAUUUAUUUGUGACGCCACAUCAUUUAUUCCUAAUAUUGAUGGCAUCUCAUGUUGUGAGGGGAACCUGUGUAACGGUGCUCAGAGUGUCUCCCAGAGCUUCCUUUUCCUCUGUUGUUCUCUGCUCUCCUACUUCCUGCUGCACUGAAUCCAGCAGCUCUUCAUCCUACAAUCAGACACACUGUACUGAAUAUAUACCCUUUAUUUUCUCUGUACUAUCUUUGGUGUUCUGAUGUGAUGAACUGAAUUUAUACAGGAAAAUGUAUCACCUUAUUUCAGGGUUCAUAUUUAAAUCGUCAUGCUGUAAAA